CUGCAGCAGGGGCCUCCCUAUCUGCCCCUUGGUAGGGUAGGAGCUGCAGGAGAGCCCCUGUGGGGUCCGGGGUGCCAUACCCCUGGUGGCACUGGUGUCCUGCUGGGGUUGCCCAGCCCAGCAGCUGCCCCGCCACCCCCGGGGUGCCUAUCGCCCAGACCAGACUCCCCAGUGACAGGUUGUCAUGGGGGGGAAGCCCCAGCCCCACCUGCUUAUCCCCCUUUGACUCAGCUGGGCUUUUGGUGCAGGGCAAACCCCAGCCCAGCUCACCCCCAUGUGUGUCCCUGCUCCCCUCCACAGGCCUCUCAGAGAGAGAAACUGAGGCAUGCCCCAGUGGCUGCUGGGAAGCUUGGGGGGGGUAGAGAACCCAGGCAUCCUGCUGGGAAAUCUCUCCCCUCCCCUGCAGACUCUGGCAGGAUGAGACCUCCCUGCCCCCCCAUCUGCCAGCGGGGCCCUGUGGGUGCUGCAGCAUAAGGGGCAGAUCCUGCACCCCUGUGACUGUGGGGCGGGGCUCGUGGCAUCCUGCCUGCCCUCCCUUCCUGCGGUGCACGGGACUGGGAAAUGCCGGGUGCUGAGCACCCACAUUGCAGCCACCAACCCCCACACCCUGGCGACGCCACGGCUGCCAUGUCGCUGUGGAGCCGGGUCUCAUGCCUGCCCCCCGAGCAGCUUGCCAGCGCCUAUGGGGAGUUCCCGCGCGGGCUGCGCAACCUCCUGGCCGACUGGCUGGAGAGCCAGCCCUGGGAGUUCGUGACGAGUGCGGAUGCGGCGGGCACGUUGCUGACAGCACUGCUGGAGCGGCUACAGGCGCUAGCAGGGGGUGGCGGGCCGCAGGCCCAGCUGCUGCAGCACAUUGCCAGCCUCGAGGGCACCUACAGACAUGACCCGCUGCGGCUCCUGGGCAUUGUGCGCCGGGUGCUGCAGGAGGAGAAGGCGGCUGUGAUGAAGCAGGACCGGCACCUGCCCCUGGGCUUCCACCGGCAGCAGGAGGAGAUGAAGUUUGGGCUGGAGCUGCAGCGGCUGCAGCACCGCGUGCACGAGCUCCAGGCACGGCGCCAGGCACAGCCUGGUCUGCAGGGCUCCCAGCUGAAGAUGGAGGUGACAAGUGCAGGCAGCGAGCUGCCUGCGCUGCUGCUGGAAGCCACGAAGGAGCUGGAAGGGGCCAAGCAGCAGGUGCUGAAGAGGAUCCAGAUCUGGAAGCGGCACCAGCAGCUGGCGGGAAACGGCGCCACCUUCGACGAGAGCCUGGACCCACUGCAGAAGAGGUGCGAGGGGCUGGUAGAUGUGCUCUUCCAGCUGCAGCAGGAAGCCGUGGCCUCAGAGACCGAGCUGGGGGCUGAGGCACUUGCCCGGCUCCUGGAGAGGCUCAACGAUGUCCUCACCUCCCUCGUCAAAAGCUCCUUUGUGGUGGAGAAACAGCCGCCGCAGGUGCUGAAGACACAGACCAAGUUCCAGGCAGGCGUGCGGCUGCUGCUGGGCCCACGGCUGCUGGCAACUGCCCCCCGGCCCUGCACCGUGCGCGCUGACGUCGUCACUGAGAAGCAGGCGCGGGACCUGGCCCAGGGCUCCAGCGCCCUCAGUGAGAGCACGGGUGAGAUUAUGCACAACAUGGUCAGUCUGGAGACCAACCCGUGCGCAGGCAGCUGCUGCGCCAUCUUCAAAAAUGCUCUACUGAAGAAGAUCAAGCGCUGCGAGCGGAAGGGCUCCGAGUCGGUGACGGAGGAGAAGUGCGCCGUGCUUUUCAGUGUCACCGUCACCCUCAGCCCCGGGAACCUCGCCCUGCCCCUCCAGGUCCUGUCGCUACCCAUCGUGGUCAUCGUCCAUGGCAACCAGGACAACAACGCCAAGGCCACGGUGCUGUGGGACAAUGCCUUUGCUGAGCCCGACCGGGUGCCCUUUGUGGUGGCCGAGCGGGUGCCCUGGGAGCGCAUGUGCGAGACGCUGAACCUCAAGUUCAUGAGCGAAGUGCAGACCACCCGGGGGCUGCAGCCCGAGCACUUCUUCUUCCUGGCCCAGAAGAUCUUCAACGACCACAGCGCUGGCCCUGAGGCCUUCGCCGGGCGCCCCGUGUCCUGGGCCCAGUUCAACAAGGAGAUCCUGCCAGGCCGUGGCUUCACCUUCUGGCAGUGGUUUGAUGGCGUCCUGGACCUCACCAAGCGCUGCCUCAAAAGCUACUGGUCUGACAGGUUGAUCAGGGGCUUCAUCAGCAAGCAGUACGUGAGCCGGCUGCUGAGCACCGCGCCUGACGGCACCUUCCUGCUGCGCUACAGUGACUCCGAGAUCGGCGGUGUCACCAUUGCCUACCUGGCCCGGGCUGAGGAUGGUAGCUGGCAGGUGGAAAACAUCCAGCCCUUCUCGGCCAAGGACCUGUCCAUCCGCUCGUUGGGCGACCGCAUCCGUGACCUGGUACAGCUGCGCAACCUCUACCCCAGCGUCCCCAAGGACCAGGCCUUCGGCAACCACUACAACAAAGAGCAGAUGGCCAAGGAUGGCCGUGGCUACGUGCCCACCACCAUCAAGAUGACGGUGGAGAGCGAGAGGGUGUUGCAGCUGCAGCAGCCUGGCUCCAUGGGGGUACCCCCAGUACCCUGGCACCCCAGCGAGCCCCUGCCCUCCAACAUAUGCCUCCAGGGCUUGGACCCCAGCACCCCCCUGACAUGCUACUCCCACACGGAGAUGACACACCCCCACUACCACAACCCCUCACAGAUGGUGUCUGUCACCAUGACAACGGUGUCCAGGCCACCCUCCUGUCCUGACACCUUUGGCAACACACUGGACACACGGAUCCAUCUGCCCUUCCUGCUGAACAAGUCCCCAGAGCCGCUGGACACAGAGAUGCUGGACCUGGACCCCGGCACCUUCACAGGGGUCUCCCCAGCCCUGGACACCAGCUUCAUGCCGCCCCCCUCUCCCCAGUGGAUGGGGGAGGAUGGGCUGGAGCACCUGGACCAGCUGCUGCAGGAGGGGCAGCACGAGGACCCCACCCCGCACGCGUCUGGCCCCCAUGGCAUCUUUCCUGGCCUGGACACUGUGGCCAACCCCAGCUGGUAGCGGCACCCCUCGCUGGAUAUGCAUGAGGCCUGGGCCCCCAUGGGGGCCAGGCAAGAAGGACUGGGUCCCACAAGCCCCCAUGUACAGACACCUCCCCCCAGCCUGGGCCGAGCUUGCAGCUGGGGGGGGAAGGCAUCCAGCUCCUUCCAGCCCCGCAAGCAGCUCUGCCCCCCCAGCAGCAGGAUCCGGGGAGCCCCCCAGAGGGGGCAGCUGCUGGGCUGGUAGAGUGGCAUGGGGGCCGAGGCCAAGUCACAGGCACAGGCUGGGACCACAAAGCAUGCUGGGACAGGUGGGGGAAAUGGGCAGUGCAUGUGUUACCCCUCCCAAGUCUUGCUGGUUGCCCUCACUCCCGACCCGCAGCCUCUUACUUCCUCCCACCCAGCCCGGCCAGUGCCCCACACUCCCAACCUGCAGCCCCUUGCUGGUGCCCCUCACUCCAAACCCACAGCCCCUCGCCUGGCCGGUGCCCCUCACUCCCGACCUGCAGCCCCCUGCCCCCCUUCCUUUGCCUGUGACUCCUCGUAACCCGGGGGAUGGACAGGACGUUGGGGGGGCAGGGACAGAAAAUAACCCAUAAAAUAAAGUUUUAUUCCAAAAUAACAAAAUAAAUAAUCUACUGUACACGUACAAA